AUGUCGGAAGUCAAGUAUAAGUUUGGAGAAUGUAUUGGUAAAGGUAACUUUGGCGAUGUCUUCAAGGCAACCGAUAAAACAACCAAAAAAGUGUAUGCCAUCAAAGUAAUCAACCUUGAUUGUUCUGAAGACAUGGGGUCGCUAAUCCAAGAGAUCAGGUUUCUUUCACUGUUCCGAUCCCCAUUUAUCACCAGGUAUUGUGAAGCGUUCAUUGAUGACAUUCAAAUGUAUGUUGUUAUGGAAUACUGUGGAAGAGGAUCCUGUUCUGAUUUACUUCGAGUGGUCAAAAGAAUGUCGGAGACUCUGGCGGCAUUUGUGAUUAGAGAAACAUUAAAGGGACUUCAUUAUUUGCAUACUCAACAAAAGGUUCAUAGAGAUAUUAAAGCGGCUAAUAUUUUGGUCACAGACAAUGCAGAAGUGAAAGUUGGUGAUUUUGGAGUUAGUGGAGAAAUUACUGACACUCACAUAAAACGGAAAACUUUUGUGGGGACCCCCUUUUGGAUGGCACCAGAAAUCAUUGCUCGAAAGAAAUAUGGUGGUUAUGAUGAAAGGGUUGAUAUUUGGUCAACAGGUAUUACAACUAUUGAAUUGGUACGAGGCGUACCUCCAUUGCUGGACCAAGAUCCUAUGAAAAUGGUGUUCCAAAUUCCUAAGUGUGAGCCUCCAAUUCUUAAAGGUGACAAAUACUCCCGUUACAUUAAGCUGUUUGUUAAAGAUUGUUUAAAAAUGGAACCUAAGGAUCGACCUACAGCUCAAAGUUUACUUAGACAUCCCUUUAUAAUGAAUGCACUGUUUGUUGAAUUUGCCAAAUUGGUUGAAUCGGUUAAACGUCACCAAACGCGGAACCCCAAGACUCCAAAGGUUCCAAGGUACAAAAUCCCUCUUGAUUGGGUUAAUGAAGAUGACCUUAUACACCACCAAAAACAUGACAAUCCCAAUUGGGAUGACAAAAGGAUUGAAUGGGAUUUUGAAACUCUUAAAUCUUUACGCCAGGGCCCAAUUGGGAAACAAGACUACAUUGACGUGAAAAGCUCAAUUGGCAACGGUAGUAAUAUGCAAAUAGACACCGUGGGGGUUACUCUGGUAGCUCUCAAUUCACUCCGAGGAGCUAUGGCAAAGGCAGCUGCUGUGAAUAAUAAUAUUAACAGUCAUAAUGACAAAACCUCAUUGGUGGAACCCAAAAGUCCCCGCCUUUGUACUGGAGAAGUACUUUAUUUCUGUUUACAAAGGGUUUAUUUGCGUGCUAAGUCAAAGGAAACCAAGCGUACAGUUCUGGAGUUAAUUAAUGUAUUACUUCAGUACGAAGAUUCCAAUCCGGGGUUAAGUGCUGCAAUAGUGGAGGAGAUACUCAAGUUUGGUAAACAAAAUGGUUCUUCAUUAGAAGAUACGAGAUAA